AUGAUUGGGUGGUCGUUGUUGGCAAUUCAGCGGAUAAUUCUUUAUUAUUGGCCGAAGAGAGUGAAUCUAUUGAAUUUCUCUGGAGACGCUAUGUCUACAGUAUUCUGGAUAAGCAGGAUCGGGUUGAUAUUGAGAGUGGUAGUGGAAGGAUUGGGGUAUUGGUGGUAUCCGGGAGUUGUGAUGACCUACUACCUCAUCUUCAACCUAUACCUGCUCCUAACAACAAUUUUAACCAUUUCUACUGGCGUCCGCUCCACAAAGACCUGCGCCGAGUAUGUAGUAUGGCAAUUCGCCUUGCCUGUGUUAUUGAAAUUAAUCUACACACCAGUUCUUUAUUUUCUACUCACAAUAUACUUUAGCGCGUUUGAAAUUCUAGUUAUCAUCAAAAUCCUAGAUUUCUAUGUCACACUUAUCAUAAUUUCCUUUAGCUUGGGCUUUGGUGAACCCCCAAAAAUUAUACCCGGCCGCAGCCCUGGUUUAGCAGAAUUGAGGUCUACAGUUGGUGUGUUGAAUGUGUUGCCAUUAUAUCAUCCAGACUUUCCACAUGCUGAGACAGUGCCAAAGAAUUAUGGGUUCCUACACGAACGGGCGAGGAUGUGA